AUGUCCGGCAUCCUCUCCAACAAGGACGUCAACGCCUCCAUGCUCGCCACCGAGCAACAACCCGCCACCAAGUCCAUCAAGAGCAUGGAAUACCACCGCCAGAUCCUCCAUUCCAAAAUGGAGGCCGAGAAGUCAGUUACCGCUCUCUCUUCUACUAAACCGUCUCUAUCUCCUCCCAGCCACAACCACCACCAGGCAGCUUCCAGCGAAGCCACCGAGCAUGCUCCUCUUCCUCUCCCCAAUCCUAUCAUCCAUAACAAGACUACUUGCCCGGACGAGAACAACCCCGAGAUAUCUCAUGGCAACGACGGGCUUACCAACACCGCCCUGUCCUCUGUGGCUCUUCGGAGACUUAGGCAGAACAAGCAGUAUAUCUCGCCUUCGGAUAACAUCAUGAGUCCUUGUACCGCCAAGCUCAAUGCCCUGCGCAACAAGCAGGUUGGAAAGGUCAAGCCCAAGUCUCUCUUCGCUCAGGGCGUCGCUAAGAAGCUCGAUGCCUCGAAGAAGGACACCGCCUUGUGA